UUCCUUCCUUUUGAUUCUACCGACCGCUCCCUGGCCAAUCCCAUGUUGCGGGUAUGUUCCAUUGUUUGGAGUCAUCAUCAUCCUAUACCACGUGUCACGGUCCUAUAUCGUUCCCGGCACACACCACGCGCGGCACGUUCUCUCGCCCUUCGUUCCGGCUCGUUCUCCAGCAGGAUAAGGAUGGACGCCCCGCUGCUGCUGCCUCUUCUCCUCCAGCUGUUCCUUGCAGCCGAGUGCGCCCGGGUCGCCACGUACCUCGGUGACGCGCACGUGGCCGAAGGUGACAGCUUCUUCGUGGCCUGCGUCACCGAGCCCCACGCCUCGCCCGACUGGCACAAGGACGGGCUGCCGCUGCCUUCCUGGGGCCACUUCCUCUUCCACGAGGACCUCACCGACGGCGGCGGAAAGAUGAACACCCUGUACGUGGUGCACGCUCAGCCUGGCCAUUCGGGCGACUACUCCUGCGGCAUCAGCCUCCGCGACGCACACCGACUACGCGUGCUGCCUGCCCCACUGGCUGGCAACAGGCUACCUAGAAGAGACAUCCAGCGAGACUGCCAUCAUCUGUCGCCGAACAGGUCGCUGGAGAUUUCGUGCGCGCUAUCCGGCACGGGCCGCUCAGUGACUUGGUACAAGGACGACGAGGCGCUGCGCCAGGGCUUCCGCGAGCGCUACAUCGUCGAGCCGGGACGCUUGAUCAUCCACGACGCGCAGGUCUCGGAUGCCGGCACCUACACGUGCCUGGGCAGCGGCGGCGCGGGCCUCAGCGUCAGUGUGGCCGCGCCAAUCGCCAUCGAACCGAUGCCGAUCUACCAGAAGGCCAGGGUGAACAAAUCCUUCAGCAUCAUGUGCAAUAUCGACACCCAGCCACCUCCCCGAGUCUCGUGGUUGCUGGGGGAUGCCCCGCUUACGCCUUCGGAUCGGCUUCUGCUGUCGCCUGGAAAGAACGGCGUCGAGAACGCCAAGCUCACUAUUCGCAACGUCUCUCUCGAGGAUCGCAAUAGGUACACGUGUCGAGCGGCGCACAUGCACUGCAGCGAUCGGCUCGCCUCCCAGGUGUCCACUCAGCUGCUGGUCAGCAUCCUAGCCAUCACCACCAACGAGGAGACCAGCGGCAGCGGCAUCACCAUCGACCCGAGCGAGCCGUUCGUGCUGAGCUGCGACUCGGGCCAGGCGAGCGUUCCAGUCAAGUGGGAGAAAGAAGGGGACGGACCCAUAGCCGACGACGACUCGCGGCUCAAGGUCCUCGAAAACAAGACCACGUGGAGCCUGACCAUCGAGAAGCCGACCGUCAAAGACGCAGGCCUGUACAAGUGCACGGCCGGAACGGACACGGCCGCCAUCAAAGUCUUCUUCAAGCUCUCGGCCACUCUGGGCGAGCGACAUUCGACCGCGCCCUCGGCUUGGGUUGAGGGCAAAGAGGCGUUCAUCGCGGUCGCCGUCGUGGGCUACCCCAAGACGUUUACGCUGACCUGGACCAAGGAUGGCGAGCCGCUGCACGUUGACGAGCGCGUAACUUUGGAGAAGUUCGAGGAAGUCGACAACGCCUUGCUCCGCUUCAAGCAGCUUAUGACGGAAGACGCCGGCAAGUACGUGUGCCAAGUGGACAACACUAAGGAGAAGGUUGACUUCGAGCACACGGUGGAGGUGAAGGGCAAGUAUGCGGCGCUGCUGCCUUUCAUCUGCAUCUGCGUCGAGGUGGCCAUACUGUGCGCCAUCAUUUACUGGGUGGAGAAGAAGGCGCUCGGCGACGCCUAUGGGGCCCCCGACGACCGCGGCCAGCGCCUCAGAGCCGCCCGCUGUGGAGCCUGGGGCCGAAGGAGCCGCUGGCCAGGAAGGGGCGGAACCCGAGCCCGGACAGGAGGCCCAGCCGGGGCCGGAGGGUGCAGCCGCAGAACCCGGCGGUAAUCCUGCUAUGGAAGCACCCCCAGAAGCACCCGCGUAGGCGGGCGCCCCGAUAUAGUACAGUGGCUAGCAACUCUAGUAGCCCUUUAUCGCGGCGCGGGGCAGCUCCCGAUAAACUAAAUAAACCUAGCCCUGCGCUGUCGACUCAAACAAAAGGCCGUAUUCUCUUGUAACCUGAGUUCUUGCCUCGAGCAUCGGCCACUGAAGAAACUGCGCAACAAGCCAAACACCUGCAGCAGUUAAGGUCUCGAGGUAUAUAAUUCAUCCUGAGCUGGCGAAAUGAGUCUUUAUUGAUGAACAGAAGUUGCUGCGGGGCUCAUUGCGCACGUGCUACGGGCACGCGUGGAGCGCCACGUUCAAUCUCUGCAAUCAGUGUCGCUUCACAAGUGCGUUGCCGCGUUCCUUCAGCACUAUACGUCACUGCGUAUUGCUUAAUUUUAGUGGUCCGCAGUUUUUGUGACAUACAUUUAUGACAUACAGACACGAAGCAAAAUGCUGAUGCAUCAACGCUGUUCGUCUCCACAAAACGCGCGACCCUCGCACGUUGUAGUGAUCUUAUUUUGUUUGUACGCUGUUCAUGUAAGUUCAUGUACAAAGCAUGACUAAGGCUUACGUGAUUCACUUGCCCUUGUUGUGGAUCCGCCUCAACACAUUCGGGAGAUUUUUGUUUGAAAGCGUCCUUGUAUUAAAACGAAACUUUAUUCGCCAAACUUCGACUUUCCUGUUGCUGCUGCUAUCCUUGCCGAAUAGCUCAUACACAGGACAGCACUCCCAUCCUUACUACCUCAGCGUAUGUGCUGGCUGCUCACCUUGCUUUUUUGCGGAAUUAUGCAGUGACACAGCAAAUGAUGCCCAAAUACAUCCCGAUUGCAACAAAUAUACGUCAUGAGCAGAAUUCAUUGAAGCAAACCUUCUAUGCAUACUUUCCCCGGGGUGUGGCGCUUUUUCUUGGUGUCCUAUCCGACUAAAGUUCAGUUUACUGUUGCACUAUCUCCAGGAUUGACCCGCUCUAAUAAGUGCACCAACCCUGGAGACAGCGUCAUGGUGAAGUGAGCCGAUCUCGGAGAAAGUACAAUUCGCGGUGACGUGAGUCACGUGAUUGGGGUCUCUGCGUCUUGCCUGGCAGACACGUGAUCGCUAUGCUGCCGUACACACCGCAGAAUGUGUACGGUUCCUUGGAAUGUAUUUACCCGCUCCACGAGAACUUCGCUCCUCAAUUCCAACAUGUGCAUUGGAUCUGCGUAGUCAUUUUUUUUUUUUAAUGAUACUUCCGCUCUGAACCAUUCGUCCUCCGCCGUAAGGAAACUAGAAAGUGGCAUAUUAGAGUGGGAUACCUAGGUGGCGUAUGAGAGGGUGAUCCAGGAGUUUGGCUGCUCUGCUGGUGCCCUGAUUACGAUUCCAAAUCGCCGUGCGUUUUGUCUGUCGUAGGCCUGCGGCUUACUUGCUUUCACAGGACGUUUAUACCUAGGCUUUUCGUAGGUGCAUUUGCUUUCGCCCGUUCGGUGGUAGGGGUAGGCGACAAAGAUUUAACCGAUAAAGGUAGUAAAGAAUAGUCACUAUAUAGGAAACCUACAAUCUGAAUGACCCGUAGAAUUUUCUAAUGUUAGGUUCAGUUUCAAUUUUUAUUGUUUUCAUAUCAGCAGGAAAUGGCUUGACAUCUCCCUUCGGAUAUUUUAGCGGGGACGAUACCAACGCUUCGCUAAGGGUUUCGUUAUGUUUCUUUCGUAAAACUGUGUGUGCUUUCAGGAUCCGCUAAAGAGAACGUUUGUAUCUGGAAAGUUUGAAAAAAGUGGUGCAUGCACAAUGCAGAAUAAGAAACUCCAUUUUUACUCGAGAAAACGUUUUUAUUGAGCGCCAGCCGGCGCAGCGAGUCAGAGAGUAUAUGGUAUAU